AAACGUGGUCCGUUGAGUGAAACGUGGCUUGCUUCAACGUCCUGAGCUCGUCACACGUGGCGCUGAAGAUGGCCACUCUUAAGACUAUGCCGUGGGUACGGGGUACGUUGGGGAUCAGGCGUGGCCCUAAGUGGUCGCUCCCGGUGGGGCCGCAGCUGGCCAACUGCCCUUGAUGCUCCUUGAUGGUCUCUCGUCGUGGGACGAGUGGGACUCAAGUAGUUUGGGGAUGGUCCGUUGCAACCGGUUUGGUUUACCGGACCCAAAGGUGCAGCUGGUGGAGGGAAGAGAGGAAAAUAAUAUCCGUAUGUUCUCUCUCUCGCUCUCGCUCUCGCUCUCUCGAGCUGCGACUUGAGAGUAUGCCAUUCGAGGCGAUCGCCUCCGCCUUCUUGGCCGCCGCUCCAUCCCUCACCUUCCGCCGCUCCGUCGCGGGCCUUCCCCUGCCCUCGCAGCCCCCCUCGUCGUUCCUCCCGCGGUAUCUCCCCGUCCGUGCCCUCAUGAAGCGGAACCCCAAGCGCUUGAAGUACUCCGCUCCUCGCUUCUUCAAGAAAUCGGAAGCAAUGGUGUACGUGGAGAUGGACCCCUUGGGGUCCGAGACUUGGAGGCUGGAGCCCGUCAUCGAGCUUAUCAAGGAAGGGGCCGUCGGUGUGAUUCCUACUGAUACCGUGUAUGCCAUUGUUUGUGAUUUGAGAAGCUAUUCAUCCAUCGAACGCCUCCGAAGAAUCAAAGAUAUAGAAAACAAGAAGCCUCUCAGUAUCUUGUGUCACUCGUUUCAAGACAUAGAUAAGUACACAGUUGGUUUUCCUCGUGGUGAUGGACGUGGACAAACAAACAUAUUCAGAACUGUUAAGCACUGUUUGCCUGGGCCUUAUACUUUUAUUCUUCCUGCAACCAAAGAAUUACCAAAACAGUGCAUAAAAUCUGGACGGACAGCUAGAUAUGAGUCAAGAAAGCACGUCGGUGUUCGCAUGCCAAAUGAUUCUAUCUGUCAGGCCAUAUUGCAAAAUCUUGAUGAACCCCUGGUUUCCACGAGUGUGAAGUGGCCUUCAGAAGAUCAGUGGAUGCUAGAUCCUGUCAUAAUUGCAGAUACUUAUGAGCCAGAGGGACUUGAUUUUGUUGUUGAUGGUGGUAUUAGAGUUGCUGAUCCAUCCACUGUGGUUGAUAUGACAGGAAAAUAUCCAACAAUUAUUCGUCAGGGAAAGGGCCCUAAGCUGGAGUGGAUGAUAGUGGAAGGCGAGGAUUAUGGUGGUGACCCAAGUGAGUUGCCUUUUCCCCAGGUAGCUUGAAGGUAUUACUAUCUCCCCCAAUCUCAUGAUCAUGCUCGUGUUUGAUUGUGAACAUCAAUUUGGAAAUAACCGUCAGUUUACAGAACGCCAAGCGACAGAGAUGUCAGGAAGUGAAAAAGAAGGUGCUGUUAACAUACCUUCAAUAUGAUGUUGUGUAUAUAUAGCUAAUAAGAUAUUGUGUUGCAGUCUUUUAUCUGAAGAUUAACAUGCAGAACAUUUGAUACUUUGUUCUGGUAUUCCCAGUGUUGCGGUAUCAUUAAGGUAACAGAAGAUGGGUUGUCCUAAUCUGAAGCACAUUGUUUCUUAUUGUGGUUGCUGAAAAUUGCUGGUUAUUGUUGACUUUUGUACAAAAUUGCCUCGGUUUUUUUGAAUAAGAUAUUCUGUUCUAUGAAUUUAAA